ACCAGCAAAAUUAUAGCUUCACGGAUUUCAAGUUUAAGAGCAUACUAGGUGAAGGACGAAGUGGAAAAAUGCUCCUAUGUGAAUUUCGUGGUAAUAUGAUUGCUUUGAAGAGUGUUGACUUAUCGAAGGCCCCAUCGUAUGUUCUGGAAGAAAUGCAAAAAGAAGUUGAGAUUUACAAAGACCUUGCUGAUAUUCAAGGCAAGUAUAUCCCAAAGUUGGUAUGCUAUGGAUAUUAUGGAGGAGGCAUGAGCUUCGUUAUCGGCUUAACCAUUGUUGGCACUAU